AUGGGAAGAAAUAACAACUCUGCAGAACCUGCAAACAGUAACGAGACUGUGCCAGAGAUCUUCCUACUGACUGGUCUUUCCAACCAGCCCCAUACGCGUGCAGUGCUCUUCGUUGUGUUUUUUUUCCUCUACUUGAUCACCAUCUUGGGGAACGGACUCAUUGUCUUGUUGAUCGUCGUUGAUUCUCACCUCCAAACUCCCAUGUAUUUCUUCCUAGGAAACCUCUCCUUUCUUGACAUCUGCUAUACUUCCAGCACAAUCCCACAAAUGCUGGUCCACAACCUCACAAAAAGACCCACCAUCUCCAAUGCCAGAUGCUUUAUCCAGAUGUGCGUCUCCCUCUUCCUUGGAGUAGCCGAAUGCAUUUUGCUGGCUGUCAUGGCGUACGACCGUUAUGUGGCUAUAUGCAGCCCGCUUCACUACACACUUAUUAUGAACAGAAAGAUGUGUGGCUGGUUGGCUACUUCCUCGUGGGUCUUGGCUUUCCUUCUGACCAUUGUACCAUCCUUCACAAUGAAGAUCCGACUGUGUGGCCACAAUGUCAUCGAUCAUUUUGCAUGCGAGGUGCAGGCUGUUGUGAAACUGGCAUGCUCAGAUAUCUCAGCAAAUGUAGGCGUCAUGUCAGGCAGCAGUGUUUUCACCCUCCUAGUACCAUUCACCUUUAUUCUGGUGACCUAUUUUCGCAUUUGCCUAGCAGUGAUGAGGAUCCGCUCAAAACAGAGUUGGAGAAAAGCUCUUUCUACGUGUGGCUCCCACCUUACGGUGGUUGGGAUUUUCUACGGCACCGCUAUGGCUAUGUACUUGAGGCCGCAUAACAGAUCCUCAGAUCAGGACAAAUUCAUUGCCAUAAUCUAUGCAGUGGUAACCCCUAUGCUGAAUCCACUUAUCUACAGCUUGAGAAACAAAGAUGUAAAGGAAGCGCUGAGGAGAAUAAUGGGACGGAAAACUUCCUAA